CUUAAGGGACAUGGAGAGACCCUAUUGCCUGUUGGAUAACCCAACAGUUUUGAGUUCAAAAAUGCUAUAGAAAAUGAAAAUAUAUUGUAAUUCUAGGUGAACCCAUCAAUCAUCAAAUGGACGACAUAAUUUCUGUGUUCAAGUUUUCCCAGAAAAGUAAACUUGAGAGGACUUUGGCAACUAAAAGAUCAACCCCCCACCCUUGAGAGGACUUCAAUUUCAAUUUAGCAGUGUUUGUAAAAGUAAAAGAUAAAAAGCAAGAGGCUUUUGAUUGCAACAAAGCCUCAACCAUUCAAUAACGCUGGGUAUCAUUCAAUCCAGCAAUCCACCCUUCAAUCAGUUUAGAUACAGAGUUGUCACUCUUUGUCACACGCACACACACCGAUACACCCAUCUCUUUCGCUUCACCUUCACCUUCUCCAAACAGGCACUAUCCACCCUGAAUGGUCUGAUAUAGUGACAUACUAAAACAAGAGGUCUAACCUUAAAAUUGAACAGUUAAGGAAGAAAAAUAGUAGUGAUCCGGUGCAACCUCCUUAAAAUAUCCCAACCUAGACUUGCAACAGGCAGCAGAUAUAACUCCUCCUAAUAAGAGCCAGUAAUUCAACGAUAUUUGCGGGUGCCAUUUAGUGUCCAUUCCUUCUCCGAUUCUGAACCAACAAACGUGUAAAUACACGUCCCACCACAUGUUUCUCAACCCCUUCUGCCGAAGAAGCAGCCUGUGUCCUUUUUGAAUUAACCUCUCUUUUGUUAUCUAAUUAUUCUUUUUCUAGAUAGUUACCAACCAAUAUUGAUCGAUGCUCUGUUCGUUCCCUUGUUUGGGUUAACACUCACAAAUUCCUAAAAUAAGGGUGGCUAGCACACGGCACUCCUGGUUGCUCAUUCUUUGAUUCAUUAACAGUCAUCUUUUUAUUAGGCCUUUUUUUGUUUUUUUUUUUUGUUUGUUUUUAAUUAGAGAGAGAGAGAGAGAGAGAGAGGGAUUAUGGACCCGGCAGAGCUACGGCGGGUUUUCCAGAUGUUUGAUCGUAAUGGGGACGGCAAGAUCACAAAGCAAGAGCUAAGCGACUCGUUGCAGAACCUGGGGAUAUACAUUCAGGAAAAAGAGCUGGUCCAAAUGAUCGACAAGAUCGACGCAAAUGGAGAUGGGUUUGUGGAUAUUGACGAGUUCGGGGGAUUGUAUCAGACGAUCAUGGACGACAAGGACGAGGAGGAGGACAUGAGGGAGGCCUUCAACGUGUUCGAUCAAAACGGGGAUGGGUUCAUAACGGUGGAUGAGCUGAGGUCGGUGUUGCAGUCGUUGGGGUUAAAGCAAGGACGGACCAUAGAAGACUGCAAGAAGAUGAUAAGUAAGGUGGAUGUGGACGGCGAUGGCAGGGUCAACUACAAGGAGUUCAAGCAGAUGAUGAAGGGCGGCGGCUUUGCUGCCCUGAAUGCAGACUAAAUAUAUAUAUAUAGAAGAAGAAUUCACUUACCGCAACAACACAUGAUGUACGUAAUUGAAAUGAAGGUAAAGAAAAAAAAUAAAAUAAACACAAGAAAGCUGCUUUUGGAAUUA